AUGGCGGGGCAGAAGAUCUGCCCGCUGAGGCAGGCUUUCGAGAUCGGUCUUGACCCGAUGGGCCAAGCAUCAGAAGCCCUGCGUGUCGCUACGAUCAUUUUGGUCAGUCGUGCCAUGGCCGCAGAUGCUGAGGAGUUGGAGUUGUUCGGGUCAGAGGAGGAGGCGGACAAGGACGCGAAGGAGCUCUUCGGCGAUGACGACGAAGGUGAAGAAUUUGAGCUUUUCGGCUCCGAGGAGGAGCCCGAGGCGGCGGAGCAGCAGGCUCCCUCAGCGGGCCCUUCUGCACCUGCCACACAGGCUCAGCCUCCGUCGGUGAUCAGCGAGCUAGACGAGAAGGACAUCUUCGGUGACUUCUCAGAUGAUGAGCCGGAGAAGGAGCUUAGCAUUGACGUGACCGAGCGCAUGAUGCCAGCUGCCGACAAGGACCUCAUCAGCAUUCGCCUGCCAAACAUGUUGUCUUUCGAUGACGCCCAGUACCUUGGAAUGGAAUCCAUCACAGACACGCUGAUGGAGGGGUACAAAGAGUACAAGAACACAAGGGGGCAAAAUGUUGUCAGCCUGCAAAACCCCGAGAACUGUGUACGAUGGCGAUUGGAGCAGGAUGAAUAUGGCAACAAUGUGUUGGACUCUACGGGGCGGCCCGUUCACGAAUCCAACUGCCGGCUUGUGCAGUGGGAGGAUGAAACGUGGACACUCUUCGUGGGGGACGAGCCCUUUCACAUAACGGAGGUCGCAGAAAGGAAUCCCAUCUUCGAGGUAAACAGCCAGGACGUUUAUGUCUGCCACGGAGCCAUCUCCAACAAGUUUAUCGCUACUCCGAGGUCUAUGGAAUCAGCAUCCCACGACAUGCUGAAGAAGUCCCAGUACCGGAAGCACGAGCCCGUGCGGCGAUCGCUUCUUAUGACAGCCGAAGUCCCAGUGAGCAACCUGUGCGAACAUGAUCUCUGCCUUCGUGCUUCCCUAUGUGUCACUGGUAGUGCUAAAGAAAAGCUGACAGUCUGA